AUGAAGUUCCAACUCCUCCCUCUCAUCUUCCUCUUCGCAUCCCAGGCAUCAGCGGCCUGUGCCAACGGCGAUGUUGAGCUUUGGGAUCUUCAGGUCAUCGACGGUACUGCGCAAUGUUCCAAGUACGGUUGCUACAAGUCGUGUACCUUUCCCGACGGCAACGGCAACUGUGGCGGCUGCACCCAACGAGUUUCCACCGGUACUGUUCGUCCUCUUGGCGGCAGUUAUUGCUGCCCUGGACCUCUUACUGGCCUGGGCAACACUUGCGUCACUGCUUGUCCCGCAGUUGGUCACAUCCUUGCCUCCGAUGUUUGGAUGGCCAUGUUCAGCGUCAAACAACCAAGCGGGGCCAUCGUCAUCAUUGUAUCGAAGCGUUUCUAG